UGGCACGCGGGGGUUAAUAGAAAGAUUCGUUCUACAACACAUCAAGUCAACCCGACCCGACCCGAAUUCGUCCCCCUUUGUCAAAUCGGUUGAUCGGAGGGGUAAAGUUCAUCCGUGACGCCAAUUCUUGGGCUUUCUAGGAAUUUAGGAUAUGGCUGGAAAGCAAGAGGUGUCUUCCUCCUCAAUUUUAGAAUCUAACAUCAUUGACGAUCAUGAUGCUGAUCUCUCUACGGGAAGGAGCCCUGAGUCCAAGGAAGUUUCACAUUUGGAGAUUGAGUCUCUAUGGAGCCGAGUGAACACCGCAACAGCGUUAUUGACCUACCUUAAAUCAAAAGCAAUCACUGUUGCUACCGCUGAUUUGUCUCAGCUUGGUGAUGAGCUUGUCAUCAAUGAUUCUAAAUUGAUUGCUUUCUCGGGGGCAUGUGAGGGUGUCGAACGUGAUCAUACUUAUGUCUCUGAGAUGCUAAAUCAUGUAGAGUCAGUUUCAGGCGUUAUGGACUCUCUCGCUAGGCGUGCUAUGGUCGCUGAAUCCGAAGCAGCUAUUCAAAAAGACAAGCUUAUGUUGAGUCAGCAAGAAAUUCAAAGGAAGGUUGGCCAAAUCAACAACAUGUCCAUGAAAUUAGAGGACAUGGAAAAGUUUGCUCUCGGGACCACUAGUAUUCUCGGUGAAAUGCGUCAGAGGGUGGAUGAUUUGGUGGAAGAGACGUCUAGACAGAAGGCGAGAGCUACGGAGAAUGAGCAGGAACUCUGUCGUGUUAGGAGAGACUUUGAGUCCCUUAAAUCCUAUGUUUCAAGUCUCAUCAGCGUCAGAGAGACCCUCGUCUCCUCGGAGAAGCAGUUUCAAACUAUCGAGAGACUUUUUGAACGGCUUGUUGCAAAGACAACGCAGUUGGAAAGCGAUAAAGUGCAGAAAGAGGCAGAGGUUCAGAAACUAAUGGAAGAAAACGUGAGACUCACUGCUCUUGUGGAUAAGAAAGAGGCGCAGCUUCUGGCCAUGAAUGAGCAGUGCAAAAUGAUGGCCCUAAACUCCAUAUAAUGAUAAGAAAUGUGUGAGAAUUUGCUAAUUAUAUCACUUGUAACAUAAAAGACCCUCAUUUGAUACAAACUGCCGUCUUCUUCCUUGUUUGUAAUUGUAUGAUAUUGAUACCACUUUUGCCUGUGGAAAAAAAAUAAUAAAAGGGGGGGAGAACCUCUAUACAUAUGUGAU